AUGAGCUUGGUGCCUGUGCAAAAAGAUGAAGAGCAGCCGCAGCCGCAGCCGCAGCCGCAGCCGCAACAGCCCGCUGGAGAACGACAGCCAGUGCAGCACAACCACCGCCAUGACACGUCCCUGCAAGGGGUGCUGAGCUGGGUGAUCGAGGAGACAGCCGGCAGCGGCGACCGCGUUGUGCCGCAGUCUGAGGAGGCGGCCACCUCCACGGCACAGAACCUGGACGAGGACCGGCGCGUGUUUCUGGAGAAGUUCCUGGGCAACCUCACGGGCCGCGACCACAUGUCGGCUGUGAAGGACGCCCUGAGCACGCUCCUCUCCGGAUCCGAUGCAAGCGAGGAAGACAAGCACGAGGCCCUAGAGACCAUCUCCGAUGAGGUGGAGGACAUCAACAUUGCGCACGAUUUCCUGGCCAUCAACGGACUCGCCACCAUCCAGGGCAGCCUUCAGAACCCAUCGCCAGAGUUCCAGUGGCGCGCCGCGGAGAUCCUGGCGCACCUGGCCCAGAACAACCCCAAGGCACAGGCCGCGCUGGCCGAGGCGGACCUGCUGCCGCGUGUGCUGACGCUGCUGUCCGCCUCUGACCACAACACGGUGCGGCUGAAGGCCCUCAGCGCCCUCAGCGCCAUGGUGCGCGGAUCCGACACUCUCAUGCACACCUUCCUGCAGCAACCCAACGCCAUUCAACACACCCUCCACUGCCUCCGGCACCCCACUUCAUCCAGACUACAGAUCAAGACGGUUGUGUUCCUGCGACACCUUGUGAGAGAGCAGCCAUCUGUUGCAGCGACUUUGUUUGAGCCAGCGUCCCUCGCGCUCAUUGCAAACGCGCUCACGGCAGACGCCGAUGACCAGCUGUGGGAACAUGACAUGCACUUGCUGAGCAAGCUGUACGAUUCCAACAACGCGCUUGUGUCGAGAAUAGAGGCCGCUGAACCGGCGUUCCCGCAGAUGGUGGACAGCAGGCGGCGCACCAUUAUGGCGCUGCCACAAGAGGACAAGGACGCGCACAGGGAAGAGCUCCAGCACAUGCAAGCCCUCUUUGGCGACCUGCAGCUCUAAGCCACAGCGCUGCCUGUUCAGGCGCAUCCCACAAAACAAAACCCGUGAAAUUUGGUUUUGCCGUGGCUUAAGCCACGUUCGUUCCUCGUCAUGUGCUCUCAUGUACUCUUUUGUACUCUCUUUGUGCUCGUAGGCAACAAACUCCCUUGAUCUCUCUUCUGUAUUUUGUCCUUCCAUUUUGUCCUUCCAUCCUCUCUUCUUCCCGUGUCCGUCCCUGUGGUACAAACACAUAAAUGAAUGAAG